CCUUCUCGCUCCGGCGCGGCGCGUCUCCCCCGGGCUCCGGUCUCUUUCUCCCCAGGCUCCCUUUUGUCCCUCCUCAUUUCUCUUUCUUUCUCGUCGCCCUUCCCAACCCCUCUCACGGGGGGUCUCGCUUCGACGUUCUCUCGUUUUCCCUCAAAUGCUCCUCUUACGCCCUGGAUUUCCCUUCCUAAAUUUAAUUUGCUCCCGGCUCCCUCCCCCCCAGCCUUUGCCAGCCAAACCUGGGAGAUGGGGAGGGGUUCGAGAAUCGAAGCGUGCAUGUUGCUGGGAAACAGUGAACAGAGCAUCUGUCAGGCAAGAGCUGCGGUGAUGGUUUAUGAUGAUGCCAAUAAGAAGUGGGUGCCAGCUGGUGGCUCAACUGGGUUCAGCAGAGUUCAUAUAUAUCACCAUACAGGCAACAACACAUUCAGAGUGGUGGGCAGGAAGAUUCAGGAUCAUCAGGUGGUGAUAAAUUGUGCCAUUCCUAAAGGGUUGAAGUACAAUCAAGCUACGCAGACUUUCCACCAGUGGCGUGAUGCUAGACAGGUGUAUGGUCUCAACUUUGGCAGUAAAGAGGAUGCCAAUGUCUUCGCAAGUGCCAUGAUGCAUGCCUUAGAAGUGUUGAAUUCACAGGAAACAGCCCAGAGCAAGGUUACUGCUACCCAGGACAGCACUAAUUUGCGAUGUAUUUUCUGUGGGCCAACAUUGCCUAGACAGAAUUCGCAACUACCUGCCCAAGUUCAAAAUGGCCCAUCACAAGAAGAAUUGGAAAUUCAAAGAAGGCAACUACAAGAGCAACAACGACAAAAGGAGCUGGAGAGAGAAAGAAUGGAAAGGGAGAGACUGGAGAGAGAGAGGUUAGAAAGGGAAAGACUUGAGAGGGAGCGACUGGAACAAGAGCAGCUGGAGAGAGAGAGACAAGAAAGGGAGCGUCAGGAACGCCUGGAGCGAGAGAGACAAGACCGGGAGAGACUGGAGAGACUUGACCGGGAAAGGCAAGAAAGAGAGCGACAGGAACAGCUAGAAAGGGAACAGCUGGAAUGGGAGCGAGAGCGAAGAAUAGCAAAUGCUGCUCCAUCUUCAGACAGCUCCCUGUAUAAUGCUCCACUUCCUGAAUAUGCCAGUUGCCAGCCUCCUUCAGCACCUCCUCCAUCAUAUGCUAAAGUCAUCUCAGCUCCAGUGUCAGAGGCCACUCCUGAUUAUGCUGUAGUGACCGCUUUGCCACCUACUUCCACACCCCCCACACCACCACUUCGACACUCAGCGACACGUUUUGCAACAUCUUUAGGUUCAGCCUUCCACCCUGUUCUUCCCCAUUAUGCUACAGUUCCUCGUCCUCUGAACAAAAACUCUCGACCUUCUUCUCCUGUGAACACACCCUCUUCUCAGCCUCCAGCUACGAAGCCCUGUGCCUGGUCUACUUCCAAUUUUUCGCCCCUCCCUCCAUCUCCUCCAGUAAUGAUUAGCAGCCCCCCAGGCAAAGCUACUGGUCCGAGACCUGUUCUCCCUGUUUGUGUUUCUUCUCCUGUGCCCCAAAUGCCUCCAUCACCAACAGCAUCCAAUGGGCUGCUUGACUCAGUAACAUAUCCAGUGUCUCCACCGCCUACCUCAGGGCCCGCAGCGCUGCCGCCGCCUCCACUGCCUUCCCUCGCACCACUCUCACACUGUGGAUCUCAAGCUUCUCCUCCUCCAGGCACCCCUAUUGCCUCAACUCCCUCAUCCAAGCCUAGUGUUCUCCCUUCUCCCUCUGCAGCUGCCCCUGCCUCUGUGGAGACUCCUCUAAACUCAGUGCUGGGAGACUCCUCUGCUUCUGAGCCAGGCUUGCAGGCAGCCUCUCAGCCGGCCGAGACUCCAGCCCAACAGGGCAUUGUCUUGGGACCACCUGCACCUCCACCCCCUCCUCCACUCCCACCAGGUCCUCCCCAGAUUCCUGCAGCACUCCCCCCUCCCCCAGGGCCGCCUCCUCCCCCUCCACUCCCAUCCUCAGGGCCUCCCCCUCCACCUCCUCCACCCCCACUUCCUAAUCAAGUACCCCCUCCUCCUCCACCACCUCCCGCUCCUCCCCUCCCUGCAUCUGGAUUUUUUGUGGGAUCCAUAUCAGAAGACAAUCGCCCUUUAACUGGACUUGCAGCUGCAAUUGCUGGAGCAAAACUUAGGAAAGUGUCACGGAUGGAGGAUGCCUCUUUCCCAAGUGGAGGGAAUACCAUUGGUGUGAAUUCGGCCUCUUCUAAAACAGAUACAGGUCGUGGAAAUGGACCCCUUCCUUUAGGGGGUAGUGGUUUAAUGGAAGAAAUGAGUGCGCUGCUGGCCAGGAGGAGAAGGAUUGCUGAAAAGGGAUCAGCAAUAGAAACAGAACAAAAAGAGGACAAAAAUGAAGAUUCAGAGCCUAUAACUUCGAAGGCCUCUUCAACAAAUACGCCUGAACCAACACGAAAACCCUGGGAAAGAACAAAUACAAUGAAUGGCAGCAAGUCACCCGUUAUCUCCAGACCAAAAUCUGCACCCUCAUCACAGCCCAGUGCCAAUGGAGUCCAGACUGAGGCCCUAGACUACGACAGGUUGAAGCAGGACAUUUUAGAUGAAAUGAGAAAAGAAUUAACAAAGCUAAAAGAAGAACUUAUUGAUGCAAUCAGGCAGGAACUGAGCAAGUCAAAUACUGCAUAGAGAAACAAACUAAGGAGAGAUAGGACUUUAAUCUGGAGAAAGAAAGGAAAAAAAAAAAAAAAAACAACCUACAAACAACUGUUAACAACAACAAACCCCUACAUUUUGUGAGCUGUAAGAAGAAAAUGGAGACAAACAGUUGGAAGGAGGGAAAAACCAACAUACUUCGAAAGCCUUCAGACAUUAUUACUCUGGCGUUAAGCUAUUUCCCUCCCAGUUUGCUGCUUUUUUCUGACCUUUACAACAAGAUGGAAGAGAGUAGUAUAAGAGUUCCUGUAGCAGUUAUGCAGAAAAUAUUAAACCCAUCAGGCAAGAUCACCGUGCAUUGAAAUAUUUUCAUGUCGAGAUAAAAUGACACAUUUUCCACUAUCCAUUGCUAAAAUAAAGAGGAGAAAGGCUUAAGAAAUUUUUUCAGAGUGCUGAUGAAAGAAUCUAGCAAGUUUUGCUAUUGUAUUGUAAAUGUUUCUCUCAGGUUUGUCUUCCUAUCAUAUUUGAUAUUCCAUAAGUAAUUGAGAUCAGCCCUAUGUAGGUUAAGAUCAUAAAAUGUGAAACAAAUGGAAUUGUAUGUGCUUUCAAAGGGUGAUACUUAUAAGAAAGUGUCCUAAAAAUGAUUUGUCCACCUUGAGGAAUUUUAGAAUGAUAGGAAGUCUCUCGAGUUAGCCUUCAUGCAAUUUUGUAGAUUAAAACAUAAAAUUCGUCCAGAAUUUAAAGAUUUAGAUGCCUUCCUAAAUUGUUACAAUGCUUUACCAAAUCUUUGACUCCUACAUAACACAAACCAGUGGUCAAAUGUAAAACAGUAUAUUGUAGAUUUACUGUAGGUUUUCAACCUUUUUUAGAUUUAUGCAUGUGGACAUUUUUAUAAUGUAAUUACAAUCACCACAGAAUUAGCUUUUUUAAUUGCAGACAGUAAUGCAUGUCACACUAAUAUGUAGUGGCCUUUUUAAGGCCUAGUCCCAGGGAAAAACAUUUUGUAGAGUAUAGGGGUGUGGGAGGAAGGGAAGGCAUAACUUUUUAUUUAAAGUUAAUUUCUGCACUAUCUUUUUUUCUCAGUUACCUGCAUGAAUAAUAAUGAGGAAUAUUUUGUGACUUUAAUUGGUAAAUAUGUUAACAGAACCAAGUACUUAAUCUUUUACAUCAUGUCUUCAGCUAUUUGUAUUUUAACUUCAGUAAUUUCAAUGGUCUGAAACAUGAUUCUGAGCUUCACGUGAAUUGUAUCUUACUGUGGAACUCAAAAUUUCAAUCCCUGUUUUGGGCCCUGCAGUUAUACAGGUGUUCAGGUACAUGUUCCUGACUAUGAAGUUGCUUUCGAAUUUUGUUUUGUUGAAAUACAAGAACAACAAUGGCAACAAUUAAGGUCACAGAAAUCAUUAAGGGAAACCAAUGAGGAGUUCUGAAAUUCUUUUAAUAAAUAGAGACUUAGGAGGUGGAAGAAGGAAUGAGAUACUUUCCUUACCACUGAGUGUGUGUGUGCACUCCCUUUUCUUUCUCAUAAGAUUAAAAUAGGGCAGAAAUCCUAUCUGUUGCGAUGAUAGAGUUUUUGAAAUAUUAGGAAAUAAAGUUUUCCGGGCUCUCCAUCUUGAUUUAUGCUUGAGUUGUUAAUGUGCCAUAUUUGCUUUGAAAUCUUUGAUUAUUAGAAGUUUUACUAAAAUUUUGAAAUGAUCCUUUUUCAUCUGCUUUCUAGAUUUCUUCCAUCUCAGUUCAUAAGACAGAGCUUGUUGAUUGCAUCGUUUUCUAAAUGCUGCAGAUUCAUAGCCAUUACCACUUCAGAGAGGUUUGAAUGAGGGAAUUAUUUUUCUUUGUUAACAUAGUUUCUGUAGAAACUUAAUUUUUAGAUUAAUCUGUGAUGGAUGAGCUAUCAUCAGUCAAAUAUACAUUUUUUUUUUUCCCUAUCAACUCUUUGUUGUCAUGCAAUAGUAGUAAAGGCAUUGAAGAUGCAGCAAGCUUUCAAAGUACUAUUUUCUAAAAAGGAGGCAUUUUCAUCUUUAUUAUUGUACUUUUGGUUAUGCAAACACUUAGCUGAUAUAGACAUUAAUGUCCCCUAUAAAUCUGGUCAGAAAUCACUUUUGAUUUUGUUGGUUAAAUUGAAUAGUCUGUAGUAGGAUAGAGUACUGGGAACAAGUGGUCCAAAGUAAGAUAAAAAGACUACAAAAUAAUGCUAGAUCUUUAAAAAGAAACUGGUUUAUGCACUAAACGUUUUGUGCCUUGGUCUAAUAUUAACAUGAUGUCUGUGUAAAAUGACAAAAAGAACCAGUGUUGAAUCACGUUAUAUUUUGCAUUAUUCCAGAUUGCUUAAUGUGUUCUUUCCAAGACUUUGAUUGAAUUACUAAACUACAUUUGUCAACAUGACAUUUUUGUCAUUGUUAGAGAUUUCAGUAAUUAAAAUGGGAAACAGAAGCUUAAGUUAUUUUCCUUAUCAAAACCCUGUUCCUUGGAACCACAUUAUGAUGGUUUAUGUGCUCUUGUACGUUGGAUGUCUUAAGCUGAGUGCAGUUUAGGGGAUCCUUUCUAAUUACAGGAAGGUACUUCUUUCCUCAACACUGUGAUCUGACCUGUGACAAAUCUGUACUAUACACUAUGUAAAUGGCUAACAAGUCAAUUGCAAACCAACUGAAUGUACAAAUCUUAGUGCUGGUGCUGAAAUCUCUUCAGAAUAGUCAUCAUGAUUUCACAGUUUGUUUCAAAAUUUGCAAGCAUCAAGUGUCAAUCAAAACUGAAGAUGAAACACUAAUGAAUGUUGAAUUCUCAUGCUUUAGGUGUAUUUCCUUUUUAGAUUUUUCAGUUCCUUGCUAUUUUUACCAUACUGUUUCAUUUACAUUUCCUACGCGCUAACUUCGUUUGUGCGAUUGAAAUAAAAUUGCAGUAUAUA